AUGAAUUUCCGAAGCGACGUCUCUGCUCUGAGUGAAGACAUCAUUGUUGAGCGGCUGCUUCGGAGCCAUGAUCCAGACGGUCGAUGGAUUGAUUCCGAGAUGCUGCUUCAAGAAGUCGAAACGAUCUUGAGCUUUGUUCUUGAAAAUGAUAUUUCUAAGCCGCUUCUGACAGAGAAUCGUAUGACCAACAUUGAAGUUUUUGAAUCAAAGGAAACACUACCAUACGCGAUCUCCAGAAUCUCCGUUCAGAUGCUUUGUCCAUGCAAGGGGGGAAAUGAGAUCCAGACAAGAACAUUGGUUUUGUUUGAUCAUCUGAAAGAAUACCGAUGGGAUGCAAAAGCUGUGUUAGUACUAGGAGCCCUUGCUGCAACAUAUGGAGGACUAUUGCUACCAAUUCAACUAGCCUUCAGUGAUCCCGUCGCAGCAUCAAUUGCAACACUCAACCAGUUGCCUACUGAGAAAACCAAGUUUAGACCAUGGUCAAACUCUCUAAGCUUGGUUGUUAAAGCUAUGGUGGAUGUAACCAAAUGCAUCACUGAGUUUGAAAGACUUCCAUUAAGACAAGCGAAGAUAGACAACAACAUUGUGGGAGAAACCAUGUCUAACAUCUAUUUGGCUACUUACCGAGUUGUCAAAAGUGCACUUGCAUGCCUUCAGCAAAUCGCUUAUUUCAAGCAAAUCCAGCAGGCAAAGGAAUCAAGGAGAGCAGCAGGUGAACUUUCAAGUUUGGGAUAUCAGUUAAGGAACAUGCAUACACGCCUCAACAAGCAGGUAAAAGAAUGCAGUUCACAAAUAGAGGAAGAAAUCUACCAAAGGCUUAGAAACAUUACCACAGAGACUCAUCAAGACAACCAAGAGGUACUCCAACUACUUUUUUCUCUACAAGAUGAUGUGCUACUUCAACAAUACUCCAGACAGAUAGAUAUAACAGAGCUCAAAGAAAAGGUAAUUCUGCUGCUAUUAUCAAAGCCAGAGCUCUUACCCAUAGAGCCAUUUCACUUCCUGCUUCAACAGUUAUAUGAUCAUCCAUCCAACACCAACACAGAGCAAAACUAUGACAUCUUAUGGCUUCCAAUACCACUGUCACAAAACUGGACAGAGGAAGAGAAGGAAACCUUCACUUUCUUCUCCAAUUCGCUACCAUGGAUCUCAGUAAGGCGGCCAUGGCUGAUGAGCUCCACGGUACUGGAUUUUUUAAGAACAGAAUGGCCGUACAGAGACGGCGAGACAAUGGUGGUGGUGAUGGAGUCUAGUGGCAAGGUUGUGAACAUGAACGCCAUGGAUAUGGUGUUGAUCUGGGGUGUUAGGGCAUAUCCAUUUUCAGUUUCCAGAGAAGAUGAGCUUUGGGAAGAAGAUGGAUGGUCCUUGCAGCUCUUGCUUGAUGGCAUUCAUCCUGCAUUUAAGAUAUGGGUGAAAGAAGGGAGAGAAAUCUGCAUAUUCGGAAGCCACGAUUCGGAAUGGGUGGAGGAAAUUACGUCACUAGCACGUAAACUUCAGAAUCAAGGGUUCGAGUUCGAGAUGAUUUACCUCAGUAAACGAAUGAUAACCUCUGCAUCAGCCAUGGAAGAGAGCUCCAUAUUGUUCAGUCCAGCUAUACAGCAGCUCUUCUGGCUUCGACUAGAAAGCAUCAAACGAUCUAAACUCAAGCGAAUUGAAUCAUCGAAACCCGAUCGCGUGUUUGAGGAAGUCACCGAACUGCUUGACUUUGAUUACGGUAAACAAAAGGGUUGGGCCAUCAUCGGAAAGGGAUCAACGGCGGAGACGGAGAAAAUCGUCGGGGAGAAGCUGGUGGAGAGGAUGAGGCGGAUUCUUCGGUGGGGAGAGUACGCGACGGGGCUGAGUUUUACGGAGGCGAUUAAAAUCGCGGAGGAGGAGAAGCCCUGUGAACAGAGUCACACGGUGGUGGUUCCGUUUGAGGAAGGUUCGUCGACGAUGAGAGUUGUCACGUGCGAGAAAUGCAAAAGGCCCAUGAAGAAGUUUGUCGCCUAUCAGUAA